ACGGGCUUCCCGAAAAUUCUCGCGCCUGACUGAUGACUUGACUUCCAACUUGAUUCCCUUCCCAGCCUUGGCCUCUUUACUGAGUCGACCAUGCAUCAAAUCGUGGGACAGGAUGGGCGAUGGUCCAAGCAGUUCCAUAACCCUCUGACGGUCUAUGAACCAGGUUCCGCCGCGGAGAAGAAACUCGUCCGGAAGAUAGACAUGCACAUCGUUCCAGCCAUAUGGAUCCUGUACACGCUUUCCUAUCUCGACAGAGCAAACAUUGGAAAUGCAAGAUCUGGGGGUAUGGAGAGAGACCUGCAUCUAUCAUCUAAUCAAUACAGUGUGAUACUGUUGGUAUUCUUUGUCUCUUAUGUGGUGUUUGAGGUUCCAUUCAACAUGAUUCUCACCCGAGUUCGACCAUCUCCGUUCCUCUCCGGUACUUGCGUUAUAUGGGGUGCGGUUGCAGCGUCCAUGGCUGCCGUCAAUACCUGGCAUCAAAUGGCUGGUGUGAGAUUUAUGCUUGGAGUUAUCGAAGCAGGAUUCGCUCCUGGAGUCGCCUUCUAUCUCUCAUCUUGGUACAAGCGCCAUGAAUUGGCGAAGCGCUAUGCCAUCUACUAUACCGCCACUGCUAUCUCGGGUGCCUUCUCCGGUCUCCUUGCAGGUGUCAUCACGGAACACCUCAGCUUCGCACGUGGCUUAGAGGGCUGGAGAUGGUUGCUACUGAUUGAGGGCGUUUCAUCUUCUUUUGUAGGCCUCUUUGCUUGGAUUUUUCUCCCUGAUUGGCCAUCUACCACCUCGUGGCUGACCCCAGAGGAACGAUUCAUUGCUAUUCAGCGUCUCGCUUAUGACGGCAUUGGCGGUACACAAGAUGCGACUAUUCAACAACCCUCUCACAGCCAGGCAGCGAAAAUGGUUCUUUCCGAUUGGCGCACAUGGGUGCUUGUCGUUAUGUAUAUGCUAGCGACUGGCUCACAAACCAUCCAAUACUUUAUCCCGACUCUCGUCGGGCAGCUUGGCUACACUGGUUACAAGCUGCAAUUUAUGACCAUUCCGAUCUAUAUGGUGGCUUUGGUUAGUAUCAUCGGGUUCUGUUUCAUAUCAGACUGGAGGCAGGAGCGCGCCAACUACAUCACUAUAGCAUCGCUCACAGCCGGAAUUUCCUUCAUCGUCAUCGUCGCCGCAGAGAACCAUGAAGUCAAAUAUGCCUUUCUCUGCUUUGCUGUCGGAGGGGUCUACGCCGCGUGUCCGCUUACGCUCCUGUGGGUCUCGGGCCUGAUUGCGCACCCGGCGGAGAAGAGAGCUAUCGCAAUCGCACUGGUCAACUGUCUCGGAAACAGUGCUUCCAUCUAUGGGUCUUUCUUGUGGCCCUCGGCCACGGGUCCCCGCUACGUACAAGGCUUCGCCACAACUUGCGCAUUCGUUCUCUUGCUCGCUAUCCUGGCUCAAGUGAACAGGUAUCUCAAUAUCAAGUAUCCGCCGGAUGAGCUAGAACGCAGGGCCGACCUAGACGCUUCUUCGACCCAGAAGGACGCCAGUGAAGAAGAAGUCUGAUGGUACCCACACCUCCCCACGCACUGCGUUGAUCAUUUGUUAUUCCCAUCCAUGCUGUCGAUAUGUUUUACCUGGUGUUUUGUCGCUGUCUGUACAUCUAGUACCAGUGUCCACCGUCUGCAGUGACACCC